AUGGACGGUACGACGUCCGCUGUAAAUUAUCUUUUCUCACCAACGCCUAACGAUUAUUACGAUCAUCAUUCGCUUCAACCUACACAACCAUUAGGCAACUUACAUUACUAUCAAUCAGAUCCUACCGAUUGUUUUUAUGACCAUCAAAAAGCUGACUUUCAGUCUGCACCUGCUUAUGUUUAUCAUCCUACACAACAACCACCUUUUGGAUAUGGCUCAUCUAUAUACGAUAUGCAAUCUUCUCAGCCGUUUGUCCAAGAAUCUAAUAUACUUCUUUUGCAAAAUCAACCCCGAUUACCUCCCGUUUAUGAAUUGCCGCUUUCGUCUCAUAAUCCACAGUCCACAUCUUCGCAAGCAAAAGUUUUUAAAAGAGAAAUUGACGAGACAGCAUCAACAACUGAAAAAAAUCAUGUAUAUGAAUGGAUGAAAGGAGAUCAAAUUCGACGGAAACAUCGACAAGUUUAUACACGUGCCCAGACAUUCGAAUUAGAAAAAGAAUAUCGUUUCAGCCAAUAUCUAACACGUAAGCGACGAUCAGAAAUUGCUGGUGGAAUUCAGCUGACCGAUCGACAAGUUAAAAUUUGGUUUCAAAAUAGAAGAAUGAAAGAGAAAAGAGAAAAUCUCAAAUUUAAUAAUGGAACAUCAUCAAUACCGAAGCAACGUAAUGACUUUAUUUCGUAA